GGCGUGCAGGUCGCUCUCUGUGCUGCAGCGGAAUUCUGAGCGAAGCGUGUUUUUCUAUCCUCGUAUUUAUUUGUUUUUUAUACGCAUACAUCGUCCGAUAUUUACCGCUUGGCCAUGGUUUACCAUCGUUUCUGCCUUUUUAUCUGAGGCUAAAUUUAAACUCUCAGCAAACGGGUGGUUCCGUGAUGUACCACGGCCGGGGAAGAACUGCUUUCUCGAGGUCCAGGUUGAGGCCUACUUGUUAAAGAUCCCCCCCCUCCUCCUCCUCCCCUCCUGAAUCUCAUCGUGAUGGCUGAGGAUCAACAACAACCUGGUCAACACCAGAAGCCUAACUCGGGAAUAGGGUCUUUACCGUCCCUUGUUCCUGGACUGCAUGGAGGCGAGGCCAGUGCGUUGCAACUCAAAAUAAAGAACUCCAUUUGCAAAUCUGUACAAUCAAAAGUGGACAACAUUUUGCAAGAUGUUGAGAAGUUUACAGACAUUGAAAAACUCUACCUCUACCUUAAGUUGCCUUCUGGUCCUAGCAAUGGCAAUGACAAAAGGACUGAGAAUCAGAGGGGGUCUGCCAAUCCUGGAUCACUUUCAUGUGAUCAGAGCUCCAUGUCAUCAAGCCGCACUCAGCAAAUGCAUGCGUUCAACUGGAUCCGCAAUCACUUAGAGGAGCACCCUGAGACCUCACUCCCCAAGCAAGAGGUUUAUGAUGAAUACAAGAGCUAUUGUGACAAUCUUGGCUAUCAUCCAUUGAGCGCAGCCGACUUCGGGAAGAUCAUGAAGAAUGUCUUUCCGAACAUGAAGGCCCGCCGGCUCGGCAUGAGAGGCAAAUCAAAGUACUGCUAUAGUGGGCUGAGGAAGAAGGCCUUUGUCCACAUGCCAUCCUUGCCCAAUUUGGAUUUGCAUAAAACAGGUGAUGGGUGCGAGGUGCUGGAGUCUUCAGGCCAGCUGCCCAGCGCGGAGGAGGAGGUGCGCUCGGCGGCCUGUGGCCUGGUAUGCGAGUGGGCCCAGAAGGUGCUGAGCCGUCAGUUUGACAGCGUGGAGGACCUGGCCCGCUUCCUGCUCAACAGCCACUACAUCGGCACCAAGUCCAUGGCAGCCCUGACCGUGAUGACUGGAGCGCCCACUGGGGUGAAGACGCCGACACAGGCGUCUGCGUUUGUCCCUACGGCCGAAGCCAACUCCUUCCAGCCCCAGGUGAAGACCCUGGCCUCCCCCUCCAUCGAUGCCAAACAGCAGCUGCAGCGCAAGAUCCAGAAGAAGCAGCAGGAGCAGAAGCUGCACUCGCCGCUGCCGGGCGAGGCCGGGGCCCGCAGGGCGGACGGGGGCACGCCCAGCGCGGGGACCAGCAUCCCCUGCGGGAGCCCCGCCCUGCUCUCCCCGCAGCCCACCAUCGGCAUUGUGGUUGCUGCCGUCCCCAGCCCAAUCACGGUACAGAGGAGCCGGCAGCUGAUGACCUCUCCCAGCCCGGUGGGCACCACAGAGAGCAAAGUCUUGCCGGUCAACUUCCAAGUGGUCACCCAGCCCGUGCAGCAAGUGAAGCAGUCCCCCAAGACCCCGCAGAACGUCCCCGCCAGCCCCGUGGGAGACCGCUCCGCCCGGCACCGCUACGCCCAGAUCCUGCCCAAGCCGUCGGCCACCAGCGCCAUCACCCUGCGCUCGCCCCCGACGCUGCUCAUCACCAACAGCCCCAUCAAGACCGUCAUGCCCUCCCCGCACGUCGGCCCCGUCAACGUGGUGAAGAUGGCGGCCAUAUCACUGGCACCCAGCGGCAGCACCACCACCCUGCGGCCGGCCUCGGCCGGGCUGAGCGGCGCCGGCCCCUCGGAGGAACACAGGCCCAGCCCGCAGGCCAGGAGCGGCUCGGCGGCCUCCCUGCAGUCCCCCGUGGCCAAGCCCGGGCGCGUGGCCACCACCCCCACCAUCGAUGUCAAGAUGGAGCCUGAAGCCAUAGUCGACGAUAAUCAGGCCCUCGGUGCUGACAGGCUGACGGCCACUCAGGACGCUGCCGGCGGGCAGAAGGGCGAGGGAGGUGCUAAGCCAAGGGCUGCCAGUGAACCCACGCCCCACACCAAGGGCUCCCCGGGGCUCAACGGAGCGACCGGGGCCAGGCGCGAUGGAAAGUCCCCUUCCAACGGCAACACUGUGGCAGCUUCUGCCGGCGGCGGUGGCGACAACAGCGGUAUGGACAGUACUUUGUACCUGACCGCGUCCAAUCAGAACACCAGCAUUACUAUGUCGUCCAAUGGCAACGGUGCCGCGGCCGCGUUGCAGAAGGAAAGCUGCCUGGGCUCCAAAAGCCCUAGGAAGCGCCCGGGCUUUGGGUCAGAAUCGCACUCCACGCCCGUUAAGAAGGUGUUUAUCUCCCAGCCGCCUGUGGGGGGCGUCGUCAGCCCCAAGCCUGGCGUGAACGCCGCCGUGAAGAAGAACCCCAGGGCGGGGACUCCGGCCAAACCCGAAAGUGCACCAGCAACCGCACCUGGCAAAGUGACUGUGAAAAUGAACUCCACGGUCCCGACCCGAAUCCUGGCGCUCUCCGACUCUCCCGUCGGGAACACAAGUGGCUUCCAGACUGUUGUCAAACCACAGAGCUCGUCAGAGGCAAAGCAAGAAGGGGCCCCCUCCGGCAUGGAGGCCGACGGCCUCAUUGCGGGCGACACUAUCUCUGAUCAAGCGCUGCUGCAGCACAUCGCAGGCAACCCGCAGGUCAUGUCUGCUGGCUCAGGCAUGCUGGACGCCGCCGCGGUCACCGACAUGAAGGACGCCAUGUGGGAGGAAGGGCAGCUGGAGAGCAUCCAGCAGCAGCAGCAGGCCUACGUGCAGCAGAUCCAAGACCACAAGCAGAUCUCCACACCGGUGAUGGACCAGCUGCCCAUGCUGACCCAGGGCCCGGAUCAGGGUCAGCUGAGCCUCCACCCGGACAUCGUGGGCUUCGCCGGGGCCCAGGCCAACGUGGACUACUUCCCGUUCAACGACGACGAGAUGACGCAGGACAGCAUCGUGGAGGAGCUGGUGCAGAUGGAGGAGCAGAUGAAGCUCAACAGCAGCCUGCAGACCUUCAGCAGCUGCGUGGACAUGGCGCUCCAGGGCCAGGCCACCGCCAUGCAGGCCGCCGUUCUGUCCACCCACCAGCCCAGCACCCCCUUCUACCACUCGGCCCACAGCAGCAGCACCCCCGUCCACACUCCCACGCCCACGCCCACUCCCACGCCCACCCCGACUCCCACCUCCGAGAUGAUCGGAGGAGGCCCGGGCCUGACCCGGGAGAGCCCUUGCUCCCGUCUGGCCCCCACCACCCCCGUGGACAGCGCUUUGGGGAGCAGCCGGCACACCCCCAUCGGGACCCCGCACUCCAACUGCAGCAGCAGCGUCCCACCGAGCCCGGUGGAGUGCAGGAACCCCUUCGCUUUCACUCCCAUCAACUCCAGCAUGACCGGCUACCACGACGCCAGCAUCGUGUCCAGCAGCCCCGUCAAGCCCAUGCAGAGACCUAUGGCCACCCACCCCGACAAGGCCAAGCUGGACUGGAUGAACAACGGCUACAACACGGGCGGGGGCACCUCCGCCAUCUCCAACAACGGCAUCGGCAUCCUCCCCAGCUACCAGGAGCUGGUGGACGACCACUUCCGCAAGCCGCACGCCUUCGCCAUCCCCGGCCAGUCGUACCAGUCCCAGGCGAGGCACCACGACGCCCACUUCGGCCGCCUGACGCCCAUAUCCCCCGUGCAGCAGCAGGUGGCCAACAUGGCGGCCCUCACCAAGCAGGAGGGCUUCGCCGUGCCCGCUCCCCUGGACAGCAAGGUGCCCAGCUCCACGUCGGGUGGCACCUUCCGCUGCCGCAGCGUCAGCCCGGCCGUGCGCCAGCGCAACCUGAGCGGCAGCACGGCCCCGCCCAGCGUCCCCCGCUCCGUCGUCUCCCCCUUCAACUCCCCCAUCACCCCCGAGGUGCUCAGCAUCUUCGCCAACAGCCACCCGGACGCCAGUGCCAACAACAUGGCCCAGAGGAGCCAGUCGGUGCCGCUCAACGUCAUGAUGCAGACGGAGGUGCUGCCCCCGCAGAAGCAGAGCAACAGCAAGAAGAUCACCAACGUGCUGCUCAGCAAGAUGGACUCGGACGGCGACGACGCCGUGCGCGGCCUGGGCAUCAACAACAUGCCCUCCAACUACACCGCCCGCAUGAACCUCACGCAGAUCCUGGAGACCACGCCCAACUUCCCGGCAGGCGCCGGCCAUCAGACCCUCGUCAACCCUGGCUCCUCUUCGUACGAGUUCCAGAAGCCAAGUUACCUCAUGAAGAGCGCCAGGAACGAGCCGAUGGGUUUCUCUUCUGGGGACAGCCAAGCACAAUCAGGUUCUGGAGAGCAGCAGCCAGAGCAGCAGCAGCAGCUACAGGAGCAGCAGCAGCAAAACCAGCCACAGCUGCUGCCUCAGAACCCCGAGCAGCAGCAGCAGCAGCAGCAGCUAGAUUUCAACUGCACCGUCAAGGAACUCCUUGGUGACGACAGCCUGAACCCUGGCUCUCAGCUUGUGGGACAGGGGCCUUCAGAACUCAACGCGGUUGGGCCCGAUUUCUCCAGCGACAUCCGACUGACCUCUGAGCUUUCCAGUAGCAUCAACGACCUGAACACUUUAGAUACGAAUCUACUGUUCGACCCCAAUCGACAGCAGGGACAAUAUGAAGAUUCUACACUGGAAGAACUGAAAAACGACCCGCUUUUCCAGCAGAUUUGCAGUGAGACUGUGAACUCUGCUGGCUUUGACUGGCUGGAAAGUAAAGACCAGCCCACAGUGGAAAUGUUGGGUUAAUGUUUCUUUUUUUAAGUAUGGUUGGAUGUGUAAAAAAAUUUUUUUUUGUUUGUUUGUUUUUUGGAACUUUCGCCGUAAUUAUUCACGUAAGAGUUCUACAGCACACUGCAACAAGAAUCUGGACACACUGACAUUUGUCCAGUGAGAAGUGCCAGCCUGAACAGAAAUUAUCGCUCUUUUCGAGUAUGUUGGGUUUUAUAUUUUUGUUUUUUUUUUUUUCUGUGGGUAUGCUGCAUCAUUGUACAUUGCGGGUGCUUUCGUGUCCCCUGUUUUCCCUCUCGUUAAAAUCAAAAGGAAUUUACAAAUGCUAACAGAUGGGCAAUUAAGACAAGAGGAGAAGAGGCGUGCUUGAAUUUUAAGUUUUUGUAAAAGAACUUUUUUUUCCAGGGUACAACAAUGUUCUUUUUAGUAGCAUGUUUGUUUUCUGUUGCUCUGAUUUUUAUUUAAGCGACUUUGUCUCAGUUGCCCAUGGUUGUACUGAAAUCCUAGAUCUUUACGUGUUUAGGAAGGAACUGUGGACUGACUCAUGCAGUGUUUUCAACAACAAAUCAGCAGGCUGUUCUAGACUGUUCCUCACAAACUAUUCGCUCUUCUCUAGCAAGUUUCUGAAGUUUAAAAAAAAAGCCUCUUGCCUCUGACACAGAACUGCACUUAAAAGUGAUGCCAUCUGACAGAUCCUGUUGUGAGAGUGUAUUCACUGAAAAUCUGUACAGGGAAAACAUUUGGAAAGUGGGGAUGUAUACACAUUCACAAACAUUUUCAUUUUCAUAAUUGUCCAUUUUCUGAAAGACAGACCAGCAAUAUUACUGUUGUGUGGGAGGGCACUUUGUGCUGCUGCCACUUUUUUUUUUUCUUUAAAUAUCUCUUUGCCAUUUCAGGUUUCUGAAAGGGUAGCAGUGGCUACCAGGUGCUUAAUAACACACAAAGAUAUUAUCACAUACCAAAUCAGUGGUAAAACCUUUAAUAGAUAUUUACUGUCCAAAAAUUUAUAAUGAUCUGUUGGAAAGCCAAUUCUAAUGUGUGCUUUUUUGUUUCUGUGAAGGGAGAACCUGGGUUUUUGCUCCAUAUUUACUCUAUCUUGUUAAAAAUUGGGAAUAUUAUAUGUGGAAAGCUGCCCUGAGUGGACCAGUAAUUCCAUGGUCUUACACCAUCUUGCGUUUCAAAGGGUGUUCAAUCUGCAAAUUGAUCAAAGCUUCCUAUGAGCUUCAAAGAUAAACGGCAGCUCUUAUCUUAACUAUUUUGUAUGGUAAAUAAUAGGUUUUACAAAAAGGACAAGUGUAUGGAUUCCUGAAACGUGACAUUAUGCAUUGAGAAGGAUUUUUUUUUUCCCUCAACUUCAACAUACAUUGCAUUUGUCUUCACUUUUUACAUGCGAUGCGGUAAAAUUGCGACAGGGUUGGCUUGCAGUUGAUGCGUGGCUGCUGGACUGUUGCGGUUGUGCGGAAGUUUCAGGCGCUUUUUCAAAAGGAUGAAGGUAAUCUGUUACAUCCUGUAAUAUGAAGAUGCAUGGAAUCUGUCAUGCAGCCUUCUCUUUUUACAUUUCGGCUUCAGAGAGCUUGUAUACGGCACUAUUUGGAGAGGGGAAGAAAAUGAUAAAUGUAUUGCUUGAUCAUUUUCUCAAUUACCAUUAUCAUUUGGGCAUGAAAUGUAUGACAAUAUAUAUAUAUGAAAUAUAUGUAUUUAAUAUAUGACAAAUGUUGUUACAACUGUUUGGGAAGGAACACAUUUAGCUUAUUUAUGAAUCGGAAUAGAGAAUAGGAGGGCGAAAGGCAGAAUGUGUGGAACCCCAUAGGAACAGUCUUGUGUCUUUGUGGAACUGAAUCUGAAGGGAAAGAAAAACUUCCUGCUUUGAGCUGACCUAAUGCUAUUGAAUUACUGAACAGCAGGUGAUAUGAAUUCAUUGCUGAAUGGAAACAUUCAUAGUACAUUUUUUUAGUGUAAGAAAAAGCAACCUUUAUGAAGACAGCAUCUGGUUAAAAUUGUUUGGGUCAUUUGAGCUUUUCCAGUCAAUGCACUUAACACAUUGGUGUCUUUAUGAAAGGAAAUGUAAUCCGGUUUCUUGCGUGUAUUUAUGUGUGUGUACGCACAUUUCUGGGGUCCUUUUUUGCAUACUUCCUAUGGGCAGCUCUGCAGUAGUUUUCUAUUUCCAAUCGAAGAGUAACCCUGACAGCAUAUGAUACAAAUAUCUCAAGUGUUAAAAGAUGGAUGUUCAACAUUUUGGAGAGAAACCUUGGCAGUGAAAAAGAAAUAACACUCUCUUUCAAGGAGUCCAAGUCAGGAGGGGCUGAAUAACAUUUCAGAUGCUAAAAGCUACAAAGGUUGCUAAGUUGAGCUGAGAGUGGCUAUGAUGUCAACAUCGAGAUGCGAGUUGUAUGAGUCUUAAAGAUGGCUCCGGGCUUUCAGCCUUAUGUCCAUACCAAAGAAAAGCUGCCUAGUUACACAUGGAACAAGAAUGGAAUCCAUAAUUAUCACUGAUCUGCUUUCACAAUGAAUAUUGCUCCCCACUUACAGGUUUCUGUUGUUUAUGGGCCACGGGUUGGAAGGCCUUCAGGUGGUAUAGUAAUUAGGAAGGAUUCCAUGGCAUCUUACCAGAGAAGGAAAAGGGUGUUAAAAUUGAUUAACGCUGUUGUUGUUUAAUGGGGCAACUACUCAGUUGCACUGGAACCCUAGUGUUGAAAAGCAUGCUGAAAAAAACUUCACUACUGGUCUGUACAAAAAGAAACUGAUGUAGCAGGAUGUUCUUUGCGUGAAUUUUGUCUACUGUUGUAACUUCCACACUUGUUAAAAAGCUCCAUUUGUAAAUAUGACAGAUAUCACAGUAAGAAAUCCAAUUACUCAAGACACUGUGUUAAUAUGACCAUGAUUCUAAAAUAUGGUAGUUCUGUGUACCUUCACGAAUACUUUUACUGGUUGUGUAAGAUCUGCAGCUUGUGAGAUAUGUUGCAGCUUGUACAGAUAACGCCGUUUGUCUGGUUUCUCUCUUGUUGAUGUAUUUUUGUUUCCUUUUUGAGAUUUAUAGUGCUCUGCUUUUGCAGAAAAGAUGUGUAUAUUGAGUGAGAACAAUAGCAUGGUUUAUUGAAAAAAAGGUAUUAUGAUAUAUUAGCAGGUUGCUUGUCUCUCAGUGACAGAGGUAUAUUGUGCCCAGAACUUAGCAGCAGACACUGGAAAUUCAAUGGUUCAAAUUUCAGCAGGCUUUCAGAGGUUCACAUAAUUGCACUAAACUUUUUAUGAACCAAGGGUUUGGCACCUCUUUUAGGACAAAUGAAUCAAUUGAAGCCCGCAAAAAAAAAUAUUUUUAUAAA